AUGCUGAUCGGGCCAUUGAAACCGCCGCAAAUAUCUCAAGUCCCCUAUAUAAGCGCGAGUGAGAAUGAAAAUGACACCAAGGAUGAGAUCGAAGAAACCUUGCAAACGGUUCAUUUGCCAUAUUCAAAUUGCUUGAUAGUUUUGACUACUAAGCAGAUAUUAGUAUACAACUACAAACCAAUGGCAUUGGUAUCGUCAAGUGUGCGUAGUGCUCAUUCCAUUGAACAGUUUGGUCUCAAUAGAAAACUUUAUGCGGAUUCAGCCAAUAAGGAAUUGUUCCAGGAUCUCGUUUCAGAACCUGAUUUGAAAUAUGUGGGAUCUCACCGAGGAAAAGUAACAUUUUAUGUGGUUUCCGAGAAGAACUUCAUCUUCGUGUUUCAGAUCUUAUUAAAUUCGAACCCUGUAAGUAUUUUUAAAGAGAAUGGUAUUCCUAUCAUAGACAUCAAUCGGGUGGACCACGAAUUUGGUCAGGAUCUUAUGAACGACGCCGAGGAUGAUGACACUCUGACUGUUUUUGAUAAGAAAGACUCUCACAAAGUGAUUCAAAAUGGCUAUGUCGUUGAAAAACAACAGGGUUUUCUGCAUUUUCUAACAAGGUCAAGGGACACCAUCGAUGAAAUACCAAUCAAGAAGGUUGAGUUGCGACUCAAGAUCAUUCUCAAAUUUGAGCAUAAUGUUGCCGAUUUGGCAGGUAUUUCUGAGAUUAAUAUGGAUGACGAGGCCGACAGACGUGAAUACUUAAUGAUUUUAUUUCCACAUGGACUUCAAAUUCUUGAAUUGCAAAAUUUCAAGUUGAAGAACAAUGUGCUCAUUGACAUCCCUGAUGGCUUUAAGUUCCUUUAUUCCAAAAAAGGUGCAUACGUUGUCUCCCAAAGCUCCCGAACAAUUGUAUUGAAUCAAUUUAACGUGGCGAAAAAGACGGUCAUUCCCAAAAAGCUCGAAUAUGAAGCUGUCGGAAAAUUAUUGGACGUUCAUUUGAACGAAAACGUUCUUUCCAUGGCAUAUGAAUCUGAAGUUGUGCUUUAUGACCUUGACAAAGAUCAGGCUACUAAACAAAUAUGCACAUCAGCAAGUUUGACCUGUUAUGGGCAACUCACCGAUGAAGCAAAAAUAUUAAUGACUAGAAAGGGGAUCAAACUAGUUACAAACUGGGGAAAUUGCAUCGUAUCCACUCUUGAUGACGAUGAGGUUUACGACAGUGAUGGAGACUAUUCGAAUUUUUCAAGCUUUGCCUCAGUUGGAGGAUCUCUAGUAACUACAUCAACCGACGGCAAAUUAGCCAAAUGGGAUUUAUGGUCAGAGGUAGUAACUCCGUUCACAGAUGCGAGGAAUGCUCGGCCAUUUAUCUUGCAGAAUGAAAAUAAUGACUUGAUGAUUUUUGCCCCUACGUCUGAAUCUUCCGGAAAUGUUCCUUUUCAAGUCAUAAAGCUCCCGACUCAAACAAUCAACAAUUAUGUCCCUCUGGUGAGAGCAAAUGGACCUGUCACAAUGAUUGCUGCAUAUGUAUCUAACAAGAACAUUUUGUUAAUACACAACCUGGUCGCAAAUACGUGGCACAGUUUUGCCGACCUCACAUUCAUUGAUAUGUGCUGGAUAGGUACGGAAUACUUGUUUUGCCAUUCGCUGGACGAUGACAAGAGUGAACAACUGCGCUGUUACCACUUUCCCUUUCAAGGAAAUUGCAGUUCAGAAAUAUCGGAACAGCUUAUUUGGGAGCAUGCUGUGUCUUCAAAGGCUGAACUUAGAAGCGUCCAUGUAAAUACACUUUCGAAGUACAAGCUGCUGAAAUUGAAAUCAAAAAGUGCUAAUAAUGAAGAUCUAGAAAGUAUGUUCAAGACAGCUGAAGUGCUAAUACAGAAUUCACAUGGCGAGCUUCGCACAAUUGACAUAAUAUCUAAAAUCGAUGAUGAUGAAUCCAUUAAGAUCAAAGUAUUUCACCAGCAUCCUGCUGAGAAGAUCUUUGAGGACCCAGAUGUUACAUACAGCUGGAUAGUAAGCCACAACGCUGGAUACCUGGUACAGUUACGUGACACAAUUUUCAAGUGGCAGAGAAUAGAUGAACGGAGUUGGCAAGGCACAGUAGUACUGGAUAAAGUAGAGCGAAUUCUGGACAUCAUUGAAACCGGUGUUUAUAUGGUUAGGGAAAAUGAAGUCGUAAUUUAUAGCAUGGAAGACUUGUGGAACCAAACAAGUCCAAUGGCAAACGUUGAAAUAGUUGACAACGACUAUCCAGUGGCGAUUUCACCUGAUGCGGCAAUUAUUCACAGCAUCCAAUUUGUUUUCUCUCGCGACUUUUCCAAGGUCGUUCCGCGUCAAGCCAUCUACUUGGACCAGGCCAUCGAUCACUAUCUCAAUGCUGGGAUCAGCUGCCAGGAGAUCGACGCUCGAUAUCGUUCGCUGCACCACUACAAAUUCAGUUUGGAAAAGAUACUGUCAGGGAAAGUUUUGACCAACGAGCCGCUUUCUGACAUUAUCAAUCUGAUAGACUAUUACGACCAAGGUCCUAAACAUAGCGGAAGGCUAGAGAUAAUUAGCAACUGCCUGCGGAAAAUCGAAGUAGAGCACUGGGACUACCUUUUCACAAAAUUAGACUUAACUCCAAGGAAUUUGCUAUUACAGUGUAUUGAACAAGAUGAGGCCCGCGUGCUGGGGGUUUUGUUGAUGGUUUUUUUGAAUUACGAUGGUAGUAAGCAAAACGGUUUCCUUAACAAUUCCUCCAAUCAAAAUGAAAACAUCAAGAAGAGUAAAAAGAAGAGUAAAAAUCGAAAGCAGGAUCCGUUACUGGAAAGUGGGUCGAUAUCUACUGUUCUAAACGAUGAGGACUUGAUGUUGCAAGUAUUGCGGCUGCUAGUAGACACUGCUGCUUCCUCAUCAGAACCAGAACAGGCCCGAGAGUUUUGGGACAUGAGUUUCCAACUAGUACGUUUCAUUCAUGCUUUAGACAACGAAAAUAAGACCUCGCUUAUCCAACGUGCAGUUCAGAUACUAGGAUAA